AUGCCGGCAGCUGCUGAGCUGUUUGGACCUCAUGAUGAUGAGGAAGAACUACAUGAUGGACUUCCUGAAGGUGAUCUUCCUACUUCAGCGGAGUUUGACUACCCUCACUUAGAGAGCCCUCUGGGUGAGGAAGGCGAGGAAGAAGAAGAGCUGUUGAGAGAUGAGGAGCAGCAGUUAGAAGAGCAUGAACUACAUCGUGGACGCCUUGGACGUAAUGGACCGCGACAAGUUCAUCGCCGAGAUCCUGGUGGCAGCACUCCCAAGAAGAGCUCUACUUCAUCAUCGAGCCCUUCGAGAAGGCGACCUUCGUCUGGCAAGUCAGAGGCUGAAGACUCAGCCCCUCGUGGACGACCGCGAGGAAACCUCCCUCCAGCACCACCUUUUGAUGGUGAUCGCAAGAAGAACCCGAAGGUCUUCAAGCAGUGGCUCCAGAAGGUUGAUAGCUAUGUGGAGAUCUCCAAGAAGAUCAUCGACGAGAGCGAGAUCGGACUUCGGUUGCAUAGUGCCUUGGAAGGUCAAGCGGCCGAGUACUUGGAGAACAUCCCAGCUCGCACUUUCGGAGGCCCUGAAGGUUGGAAGGUCCUUCUGCAGGUGCUGCAGGAGAAGUUCGAUGAGCGCAAGAUGCACAAGAUUGGAGGAGCACUUCGCGGCUUCUUCAAGAUGAGCCUCACGGAGAAGAACACCACGCUCACCGAGAUGUGUGAUUUGCUGGAUAAGUCCGCCCGCGCUUGCAGGGAAGCUGGUUUGCAGAUCCCCGACGAGAUCAUGACCUACCAGUUCUUUGAGCAGGCCGGAUGCACCAUGGAGCGGCAAGCCAACAUCCUCCUGAGGACAGGAGGAGACUAUGAAUGGCAAAAGGUCAAAGCUGCUGUUGACCUCCUCUACCCCCAGACCUAUGUCAAUCGCGGCCGAACGACCUAUGACAAGCCGUCUGAUGGUCGGAGCAGCUAUGGCAAAGGCAGAACAGCACACGAGACGCAGGGCCAUUGGGAGCCUGAAGUUUCCACUGAGGAAGUUGACCUCGAGGAGUGGAUUGUCUCUGAGGACCCCAUCGAGUCCCUCGCUGAUGCAGAAGUUGAAUAUCUUCCUGAACCUCUAGCCCGUGAACUACAUGAGGUGUUCGCCACCCACAGAGAGAACCGCCAGAAGCUUGCAGCGGCCGUGAAGGCCCGAGGUUUCUAUCUCAAGUCCGGCAAGGGCAAAGGACGCUCUGGUGGAGGUGGCAAGGGCUACAGCAAGUCGAAGGGCAAGGGCAAGGACUCUACAAGGUCUUCAUCGUCUUCACGAUCUUCAUCGCGACCCAAGGGCAAGGGCAAAGCCCGUGGCAUGUCUUUGGAUGAGCUGAAAGCCAUUUCCACUUGUGGUGAUUGUGGCGAACUUGGCCAUUGGCGUGGAGAUCCUCAAUGCAAGCAGCCGAAGAAGGCUCAUGAAGCUCACUUGGACUACGAGACCGAGGAGCCCCAGGAGAACGAUGACGACUACUGGACUGAAUGGCAGCCCGACUAUGAUGACAGUCACACUGGUUGGAUGACUGGCGGAGGUGCGGAACGCAAUGUUGCUGACACCUCGACUGACCGUGCUGCCUACCCCAAGUCCACAGAGUUCAACAGUGGCCGCAAGGCUACACCCACUUCGACGACUACCAAGGUUCAGAAGCCAGAUGCCCCACUUCAGUCCCAUGACGCCUAUGAGGUCAUCAAGGACUUGAACCGCAUGAAGCGCAAGGCGACUGGUGACACUGGUACUACAUCGAGACCCUCGUCUUCAUCUUCGGUUUUGCUGGCCGCCAACGCGGAGGACAGGACCAAGCCGUUCGACGUCUUCACCGCGACCGCGGACGUGCAGAAGCAGAUCGAGGAGAAGAGGUUGAAGGCCCGAGGCCAUACUUCAUCGGCUCCGGAAGCCAUUCGUGAAGCACAAGAACGUUUGGGACUUCCGGUGAUUGAGGAGGAACCUGGUUUUUGUGUUUGGGAUCUUCUCAAACCGGUCCCCAAGACACCGCCCAAGGUUGACCUGGACAAGGUGAGAGUGGCCUUGGUGGUUUCUAACGAACUUCAUCCUGGACUUCCUGGACCCGACGAACCUCGACCUCAUCACGUACCCACUCACCGUGGCCGCAUUGAGUAUGAGAAGGGCAUCGAGAGCAUCUACUCCCGCGACACCUCCACUCUCUCAGAUGAGCAGUACGAGGAGAGGAGACGUUGUGGUGGUUUGGUGCAUGGCGGAACCCGCAGGACCAGCCGCAAGACUUUGAGCCGGCAGACAACCAGUGCUGCCAGUCCUCGUGGCCCGGUCCGCUUCUUGGACUACGACUUCGCCAUGAAGAUUAUCUUCCCAGAGGACGACUUGAGCAUGCAGGAGUUCCUCGUUGGCGGAGAUCGAGUACCAAGAGACGUCUUGAGCAACACUCGCAUGAAGCCCACGGUCAAGGACAAGACCGCCUACUUGACCAUCGACACGGCGUGCGAGAAUACUGUGGGUGGACUCACCCAAGUCAGGCAAGUCGCCAGCAUCAUCGAGUCGAAGCACAGCGUGAAGCCCCUGAUCACCGAGGAGAACGAGUCCUACCGUUUUGGACCUGGAGAGCCCAGAACUUCGAACCACAGGUGGCACAUGCCAGUUGGCAUUGGAGGCUGUGCAAUGGUGAUCAAGACCUCCGUGCUGGACGACACUUUGCCUGAGAGUGGCAAGAUUCCUUGGCUUGCUGGGCAAGACUGGCUGCGACUGGUUCGUGCAGUCGUAGACAUCGGAGAACAGAAGAUCUACCUCAAGGCCCUUGAGACUGAGGCGGAGCUUUUUGUAGACCACACUGGACACCUUGUGGUCGCGGUAAAUGAUUUUCCAGUCACUGGAUGGCCGCAGGACCGUCAGGCCUCACAAGACGCCUAUGCUGGAGUCCUUUGGGCCACAGGAAAAGCCUACAUGCAGCCGAAUUUUGCAGCCACUCAUGUUUAUAGCCCCGAGGAUGAUCCUUUUUGUGAUGGAAGUUUGCAGGAGAGAACCCCUUGCAUCGUUGCCUCCGACAAGCAUUCGAAAGCCAAAGGCGACUUUGUGUGGCUGCGAUGGAGCCGCCUGCUGCGCAAGGUGAUGAUCUACCUCAAGGCGAUCGUCUGCAGCCUGGCUUCAACUCGCAUGAUGAACCAGUUGAAACACCGCUCACCAGCUUUGGUGGCCUAUGGGGAAGCCCUGAUCUCCCACGACCAGAUGAUCGAGGAGUGGAAUCCGGAGGCCUUGCCACCGACCAUGCCCCCAGUGACCACUCAGAGCAAGAACUUCGGACUGCCAUGGAACCUGAACUACCCCUACCAGCCGAGGGAUUGCCCUCACCUGGUGGAGCAUGGAAGACGCUUUGGCAACGCCCAUGGGAAGUUCUUGGAGUGCAUAAGCUGUGGAAUGGUUUGGCGUGGACUGGACUACAAGGUGCCGAUUGCCCAGACCCUGGUCACCGUCUACCCGGUCCUCGUGGGAACAAGGGACAAGCCCGGAGGCAAGGUGUUGAAGGGCGAGACUGCACGCCCAGAGGCUCGCAAAGGAGUCUCCUCCAGCAAGUCCUAUGGGUCAUCGUCUUCCUCACGACCUACCUCUACGGAAGCAGUUUAUGGAGCAGCGGACUUCAAGCCGCCGGCGAGGAAGGCCACGACAAAGGACAUCAAGGAGGAGAAGGUCAGUGGAGCGAAGCGCACUCAAGGAAGCGGACGACAUCAUGUCGAUCUACAGCGAACUUUGAGCUCCCCUGGACCUUCCAAGCUGAAGCCCGGUCAGCAGAAGCGGAUGAAACACAUGGCCCGAGAGGCACUUGCUGCAUCCAAAUGGCAGCAGAAGAUGGUCAUGCAGCGACUUCAAGGUGGACGCUGGCCACGAAAGCACUUCCAGUUUGACCUCGUGGAGAUCUUUGGAGGAACUUCAAUGGUCACAAUUCGUGGAGCGACACUUUGGAAGAUGAAGGUGCUGCAACCCAUCGACAUCCGCUACGGAAUAGAUCUUCGGAAAAGAUCGAUGCGGAGAUGGUUGAUGACCACUUUGAGAAGGUUUAAACCUCGGCUGGCUAUGGUCGAGUUUCCUUGCACACCAUGGAGCAUCCUCCAGAGGAAUGUGAACUAUAAGGGAAGAGAAGAUGAGCUUCGAGAACUACAAGAACAAGACCGUCCCUUCCUCAAGCUCACGGAGGAUGUGUUCAAGACUCAGGUCGACCAUGGUGGUCACGCCAUCGCUGAGAACCCUGCCACAGCAGACUCGCAAAAGCAAGAUGAGAUUGUACGACUUCGCAACAAGUACUUCGAGACCACCUCUUGCUUGUGCAUGUUUGGUUUGACUGGCAAGGCAGGGCUACCUAUGAAGAAGCGAGUGAGGUUCAUUGCCACUCACCCCUACUUCAUCGAGGAGCUGGACAAGCAGUGUGAUGGCUCGCGUGUCCAUGAAUUGGUUGAAGGUUCCAACGCAGCCGCUUCAGCCUGCUACCCUCCUUUGUUGGCUGAUGCAAUUUGCCGUGCCUACUGGAGAAUUGUUGUUGAAGAAGAUUUUGGAACCAUGACCCUCAACGAGAAGGACGAUACCAACACUGCCUGGUUCGCGGACGCCGACAAAUCCGAGGACAAGUGGCGCCCCCUCUUCGAUGACGCCAUGGAGGUGUUGGGUAGGAAAACACAGGCCAGCAUCUUUCUUGCUCCGGACUCCGAGCUCUACGCCAAGAUUGCCCGUUUGGUCCCUUGGCAGAUCAUGAACAUCCAGAUAGCUCACCUGCCUAAGGCUAAGAGAGUCCGACCUGGCUUGGAAGAUUGUCACCGCUGUUCAGCACUCCUGUUGAACGACGACUCCAUUGUGCUUGAGACGGAGUUCUUGAAGACUGCUCAGGCACCAAGGGAACGUUUUGUGCAGCCGGUGCGCCUGGCUAUCUUUGUGCUUGGGUACGCUCCUGGUGACCCAGCAGACCCUGCUCCACAACAAGAACCUCCUCGACAACCAGUGCCGGUUGAGCCCCAUGACGAUGGUGCCCUACUAGAACCAAAGGAGUCUCCGGUCCUCACCAAGCAGACCUACGCAGAUGAGCAAUGGUUCAUUGGACCGCCUUUGACCAACAAGCAGAAGAAGUUGGCGCCUAUGUUAGUCAAGGUUCACAAGAAUUUGGGCCAUCCUGCACAACCUGACCUGACAAGAGCUUUGAUACAAGAUGGAAAAGUUGAGCCCGAUGCCAUUGAGUUGAGUAGAAGACUGCGCUGUGGAACAUGUGAACGUUCCAAGAGGCCUGGGAUUCCUAGGCCAAGCUCUUUCAAGGUCAUUGGCGCUUUCAACAGCAAGCUCUGCAUCGACUUCGUGUAUGUCACCGACGCCAACCAGGACAACCACGCCUUCUUGCACCUUUUGGAGCCAAAUGGGUCUUUCAAUGUCUUUUGGCCGUGUGACACCCGCGAACCUGGCCAUGUCUAUGACCUGGUGACCAUGUUGUGGUGUUCAUGGGCCGGCUACCCAAAAGAGCUGUGGGUUGACCAAGAUGGUGCUUUUCAAGGCGAGUUUGCCGAGAAGAUGCGCAGCAACGGUGUCAUUUUGGACCACCCUCCUGCAGCUGCUCACUGGCAAGUUGGCGAAGUCGAAGCCUACAACCGUGCUUUCCAACACCUAGCCGCUAAGCUAGUGGAUGAGUUGAGCUUGGCUGGAGAGCGCGACAUGAAGACGCUCGCAUGUGCAGCUGGAGCUGCCAUGAACGACAAGAUUAGAUCCGCAGGCUGCUCAGCCUAUCAGUGGGUCUUUGGAAAAAACCCCUCCUUGCCUGAUGACAUUUUGUCCCCCGACGGCAAGUAUGAAGCUUUGCAGGCCAUGGAGCUCGAUGAUGAACUCCGCAAGAGAAACCGUGUUCGAGCAUUGGCCGAUGAGAAGCUGGCAGCCUACAGAUUGAACGAAGCUGUCAGGGCUGCGAUACUUCGGAAGUCGCAUCCCAUGAAGGAGACCUAUGACCCUGGCGAGAUUGUUGCUUUCUGGCGUGAAGCCCGGUAUCGGCAGGGGAAGAAAGGUCAGAAAGGGAAACGCAUUCCUGCGGCAUGGUACCGUGGUACUAUCAUUGGACCACACAAGGGCGACAGCUCCACCAAACAGAACAACUUCUGGAUCUCUUCUGGUGGUAAGUGUGUGCUUGCAGCCCGCGAGCAGAUCCGCCCAGCUUUUGGUACCGAGCUAUGGCCAGUUCACGAACACCUGCUUCAACAAGUCCAAGAUAACCCACCGGAGGAGUACUAUGACAUUCGGUCUUCACAACUUCCUCCAGUACCUGAAGACGACGACUUGGAAGAAGUGCACGCCGUGCCGGUGUUCGAGCCGGAAGAGGAGCUACUUGACCGAGCCCCUGAAGAAGAUGAACAGGCCAUGAACGCAGAGCCUCAUGAAGAUGGAUCUCCAGAACCAGGUGAAGCUGAACACUUGUUCUCCGAGAAGACCACUGGGAACUACUUCCUCACCGAGGUCUACUUCUCCGACACCACCGACGUCCUCGACGAGCUCUUUUUGACCCUGGUCAUGUACGUGAUGAACCAACCCUGGACAGGUACGACCAUCUUCAAGCUCACCCUGAAGAACAAGGACUUCGAGGCACAUACCGUUCUCGAGGUGGACAAGCAGCUCACCCGGAAGGAACGGAAGGCUUUGGAGAAGGAGUUGCCUUGGACUUCAAUCCCGGAGGAGCAGAAGCCUUUGUUUCGUGAGGCUUUGGUUCGUGAAUGGACUACAUGGCUUCGCUACAAGGCUGUCGAAGUGCUGGACCUCGCCUGCAGCAAGCAUGUGGAGAGUCACUUUGACCCUGCUCGCAUCCUGGCUUCAAGGGUGUGCUACCGAGACAAGCGCGCAGCUACACCAUGGCUGGAAGUGAAGCCAAAGGCACGUCUUGUAUGCCGUGGCGACCAAGACCCCGAUCUUUUGGAGCUCCGGCGAGACGCGCCGACCAUGACUCGUUUGAGCCUCAUGCUCAUCCUGCAGCUCAGCGCCGCCUGCGCUGAUUGGUUUUUGGUGUGUGCUGACAUCACAGGUGCCUUUUUGCAGGGAGACCAGUCUUUGGCGAGGCGGAAGGACCCCUUGUUCAUCCGACAGCCUCGUGAAGGUCUACCUGGCCUACUUCCUGGUCAGUUGUUGUUGGUGGUUCGCGGUAUUUUUGGACUGGCCAACUCCCCCAGGUUGUUUUGGCGCUAUUUGCGGGAUUCCCUCAUCAAGCUUGGCUUUGUGCAGUCCACCUUGGACAAGGCCGUGUUCCUCUUCUACAGCGACCAUGAACUUGUUUUGGUUGUUGGGGCACACGUGGAUGACCUUUUGUGUGCUGGCAAGCCUGGCAUUGGUGACAAAGUCUUGGACUCGUUGCGCUCCCAGUUCGACUUUGGCGAGUGGAAGGACAUUCGCACCGAGCCCACCUUGACCUAUGGCGGCAAGGAGAUCACCAAGCGCGACGGCAUUGUGACCUUGUCCCAGGAGUCCUUCAUUCGUGCACUGACCCUGACACCAGUGCCGAAGUGGAGAGUGCUGAUGAAAGAUUCCAGCCUCACAGCUCAGGAAGUCACAGAGCUGAAGAGUGGUGGAGGAUGCCUACACUGGCUUGUCGGACAGACACGUCCGGAUUUGGCGGCAGGGACUUCGUUGGCCAUGGGAGGACAACCUACUGUCCAGAACCUCUUGGAGAUCAACCGACUCCUCCGAGAUGCCCUGAAGUCCAAGGAUUGGUGCCUCAAGUUUAGGCAGAUCCCCUUAGAGUCCGCCAGAGUCAUUGGCUUUUCCGACGCGAGUUGGGCCAAUGCAGAUGAUCUGAAGAGCCAGGCGGGCUACUUGAUCUUCCUCACCGGCCCGAACGUCUUCACCUUGGAGGGCGAUGUGGCCAAUUUGGUCGAAUGGCGAUCCCACCGGAUCAGAAGGAAGUGCCGGUCAACGCUUGCAGCCGAGACCAUGGCUUUGGACGCCUCGACCGAUGCAGCGAUGUUCACUAGAGAACUUUUGGCCGAGAUGCUGAUCGAAAGCUACAUGCCGACGCAGUCUGGCAAGUUGGACCCUAGCAUCCUGCCUGUGGCGAACGCCACCGACUGCCGGUCCCUCUACGACCUCCUGUGCAAGGAUGGCCCGGUCAGCUCGACCCAAGAGAAGCGGCUCACGCUUGACAUCGGAGCCCUUCGUGAAGCUGCAGAGGAGAUCGAACCCUCCAAUGAGGACAUCAAGGAGGUGUACAAGUGGGUGUCGACCCAAGUCCAAAGGGCCGAUCACCUCACGAAAGUGAAACCCAGUCACGAGCUUCGUGACAUCCUCGACGAAGGACACCUCUCUAUGGUGGCUACAGCUGACGCUGCGGUGGCGACCUCUCCUUUGCCUACCAGCCGCUCCAUGCAGCUUUUGAGUCGCGUAGCUCACCUAGCCUCGAAAGUGACACACUUUUUCGUCUUUAAAGAAGAUAACCAGUGCAAGAAUUCCAAGAGUGCGUCACGAUCGAGCCGAUCGGUCUAA